AUCUAUUAACAUUCAUAGUAUAUAAGUUAUAUAACAAAAGUAUAUUAAAAAAAUAGAAAGUACACUCCUUUUAAUAGUUAAUAGUCGUUUUUUUUUUAAAAAGAUUUUUGGUCGUAUCCUUGUUGUGUACUAACCAUAUCUGACUAAGUUUACUAUUAAGUGUCCAACACUGUCACGGUACCAUCCGAGAAGUAUCCAUGCUUCCUUGUGUACGGAGGCUGAGUAUCAUGGUAUGACACAUUGUGAGAUGUUAUAGGUUCAUUCUUUGCUUCAUGAUAUGGGACUGGAUGUGUCUUUCCCUAUGAAGAUGUAUUGUGAGUCUGUGACAACCAAACAACUAUUUUCGUCGCAACUAAUCCCAUAUUUCAUGGGUGUACCAAACACAUUGAGGUGAAUUACUAUUUCAUUCGAGAUCUCUUGAUGCAAAAAGAGAUUAACACUCUAUAUAUCAAAGCUGGUGAUUAGUUGGGUGACAUUCUUAUCAAGUCAUUGACUUUGUUUGCUUUAAGUUGUUUAUGUUCCAAGUUGGAUAUUUUUUAACUGUAUACUUCUGGUUGAGGGGGAGUUAGAGUUCUUAUUAGACAUAAGUUAAUUAGUGUAGGACAAUAUUGUAAUUACUUAAAUAUUAUUCAGUUAUAAAUAAGAGUGUAGGGCAACCUAACCUAUACAACUGAUUAUGCUUUUCUUGUUUGCCUCUUCUAUGUCUCUCUUCCUCCUUCUUUUGAACCCAAAUAUUAUAUUUACUAUUUCAACUCUAAGAUUAUGGUCAAGGAUUGGGGGCCCUAAGGGUUUCAUUAUGGGUAUUGGCAAAGGCUACACAUCUCACCCCCAUGCCACUUUGCAGGUCAUGUAGCUGUAUUUUUAGACCAGAAUUCAAGUUUUCCGAAUUUAUCAGAUUUUUUGCACUCUAAUACCUCCCUGCACUGACUUGAUGGAGCGGAAAGGGUAUAUUGUACAUGAGUGGUUGGCUUAGUGAUGGCUAACCACAUGCUUUUUGGCCCUUUUCUUGUUCCUCCCUUUUGCUGGUUCAGUUUUUGCCUGUGCUUGGAUUAUUUACAUUUAAUGUUAUAUCCUUUUCUUCAAGUAACUAUAAAACAUCAUUAAUUGGAUCCUGUUUUAAUUUGGACAGUACUUUUGCUGACCAACAAUUAUAAAAAAUUCUUUUGUAGGGGAUGGUUGGGCUAUGCCUUUGCGUUAAUGCUCAUCUUCUUAGCAGUCUUUGUUGUUCUCACACGGUGUUUUAGCCAAGGCAGACCUGUUGAUGAACUCAAGGUAGCAGUACCUCCGGCAAUGAACACAAUGGAGCAGCUUUUGGCUGUACAGAAUGCCAUCUCUCAAGCUGAAGAGCUAAUCCAGGAUGGAAAUAUUGUUCUUCUCAAGCUGCGCGCCUUACUGUUGUCAAUUUUUCCACAGGCAAGUGAGAAAUUCGUAGGUUCUCUUUUUUUGUGGCAUUCAUUAUGGCCUUCUUGCCCAGUAAAUACCUAACCCUAUUGGUAUUUUUGGAGGCAUUUACAAAGUACUCACCUCUUAGAAGGGCAAGCACGGAAAGAUGGACAAGGAGAAUAAGAGAGUGGUGGUUCAGCAUUCCGGCAGCCCCUGUUGUUCUUGAAAGAGAUAAGGAGGACAAAAAGAAGAAGUGAUGUAAUUAUUUGUAAAUAUGCUCAAAGGUAUGUCUUGUGAUGUAACAAACCCCCCGACAUCUCUCGGAAUGUACAUAUUUGUGAUGAUGAAAAAAAAUGGAUUACGAAAACAUCAAUAAUUUGCAAUUGCCUCACUAUGGCAAUGCAACUUUUGAGUGCAAUUGUAUAUCAAGAUCCAAGGAAUAAGAUAUUCCUACAAAAUAUAAGGUAAAUGAACCACAGAAGCAGGAAAUUGAGGUUUUUCAUGUACUAUUGGUACAACAAUUUCUACUUUUAUUUCGCGUAAUGUCAACACUAACGCUUAGCUGAUGGAUGUGGAAAUUCUAUUCGAGUUGGAUAUUUUGUUUCUGUAUUACACAUUUUG